AUAGAUCGUCCAGAGUUAGGGUUUGUAGUUCAAUUUUGAUUUUGUUUUUUUGAAUUUGUAGUUAUUAUUUUUUUUUUUUUGGAAUUGGUGUUGGAUUGAUUGAAUCGGUUGUCGGAUUUGAAGAUUCAGCGAUUUGGACUUGAUUGCAAGAAGUAUUACACAAGUAAUUGGGUAAUUUGUCCGCGGCAACUGAUUGGUUUAAAUUUCUCUGCAGGGUUAUAUAUUGAAAUGAGUCGUCCACAGGAACCACAUCGUCCUUUCUUCCCAUUUGGGAAUCCAUUCAAAAUGAUGCUACCUAAGGGUUCGUAUCUGUCUCCAAGGCUUCUUGCAUUGUUGAACACUUUUGAGGAAUCCUUGGCAGAGAGAUUUAGGAAGCUUAAGCCAAUGGACAAGGAAGAUGUCCUUACUUUUUCAUGGAUGAGAUUUGCAAUGGAGUUGCUUUGCCAAACUCAUACCGACAUAAAAACUAUUAUUACUGAGCUUGAACUCCCUGUCUGUGAUUGGGAUGAUAAAUGGAUUGAUGUGUACUUGGAUAACAGUGUGAAGUUGCUUGAUAUUUGCAAUGCUUUUAGUUCUGAGCUCUCCCGGCUUAACCAAGGCCAUCUCUUACUUCAAUGCGCAUUGCAUAACUUGGAUGCCCGCCAUUCAAAACAGCUUGUCCGGGCUUCUUGUUCACUUGAUGGCUGGAGGCAGCACAUCAGUUCGAAGAAUCCCAGACUUGAGAACUGUUUUACAAUCUUAGAUAGUCUUAUUGAGACACUUAACCUGCCUAAAGUCAAGAAUUCAGCCAAAGGGAAGGUCUUGAUGCAGGCCAUGUAUGGAGUUAAGGUGCUAACUGUGCUUGUAUGUAGCAUCUUUGCUGCUGCCUUCGCGGGUUCUGUAAAUAAGUUAGUGGAUUUACAGGUUCAUGAGACUUGCUUGUGGGCAGAAGCUUUUAAAGAUGUUCAGGCUAAUGUAAAUGGGGAGAUUAGAAAUUUAUUUUCCAGUGGUAGAGUUACUGUUUUAAAAGAGCUUGAAGCAGUUGAUGUAAGUGUCAAAAAGUUGUACCCCAUGAUACGGGAUGGGGUGGAUCCUAUUGAGGCUGAAGCGCUCCAAUCUUCUAUUUCAGAUUUAGGAAAGAGGGCAGAGAAGCUUUCACAAGGACUAGAUCAUCUUUCGAAGCAAGUUGAUGGCUUCUUCCAAAUUGUUCUAUCUGGACGUGAUGCUUUGCUUUCUAACCUUAGAGUGGAUAGUAGCAUUGCUGAUCCAAAGCAAGAGCUUAACAAUGUACUGGGGCAAGUUGUGAGGUGAAAUAUGAUGAAGUUAAACUCCCUCUUGCAUACACAAUGUAGGUAUAGGUAUGGGCUCUUUUGUCUUUCUGUUGAUGAAAAUAUAAUAUGUACUAUGGCAUAUUGUGUUUGGUAUGGUGUAGCUUGUGAGGUGUGUUAUGUUAAUGUGGAAUUGAUUUAUAUGUGUGUGUGUCUUUAUGUAAUGUCAUUCAAUUAUAUAGAAGCCUUGUUUGUCACAAAACUUCAUUAUAUAUAUCUUUAAUUUUUCGUGUUAGUUUUGUAUCA